UGCCCGUGUGCUGGCGUUGCCGCUGCGCUUCCGGGCGUCGUUCAAGGUGAGCCGUGGUCUCCGAAAAUCUGCUCGCACUCCGUACUCUUCACUCCCCUUUCCCGAAGGGAACCAUCCCCGGCAGCUCGCAGCCUGGCGUGCCAAGUAACGAAGCCAGGGUACCCAAGAGAAGGCCGGGUAUCCACCAGAGGAAGCAGAGCCGUCCGGACGUGUAGGUCCCCGCGAGGCCCCACCGGCUCUAGACCCUGCGACUCUGCUGCGCGGGGUAGGUCGCGACUCCGGUCUCCUGGCGAUCCUGGCCAUCUGGAAGCGGAGCGUGACUCCUCCCCCUUGGUCCUCUUGGUCCCCACCAGGCGGCGCCGUCAGUCCGGCCCGGGUUCCCCUGCGGCUGCGAGUCCUGGCCACCCCAGGGUGUUGAGAUUGGCAAGGAGAGAGGUGGAAAAAUGAGCUGUCAGAGAGCAUUCUACCACUAGGAAUAAGUUUCCCUCGUGGACUGUGCUUUUCAUCAUUAGAAUCUCCGGGAGUACAAGUGCAAAUCCCUAUGCGCCACCUCCAAAGAUCCUGAUUAAGUAGAUCUGGGGUGGGGCCUGGAAAUAAGCAUUUUAGACAGCUGCUCCAGGUUGAUGCCCAUAGUCUGCGGACCUCACUUUCAGAAACACUGGUAUAACUGGUGGAGAGGAACAUUGUAUUGGGUUGGCUAUGGGGCUGUUUAUCUUCCGGAAGGCUUCCAAGAGGAAGUGAUUCUAGCUGGGCUUUGAAUCGAGGGACCAGAAUAUCCAUUGGUUCUUAACCCCACAGUGAUGAAUUCCCUCCCUGCUACCAGCAGGAUGCAGAAGAUCUCGGUGCUGCUCUUCCUGGCCUGGGUCUGCUUCCUCUUCUACGCUGGCAUUGCUCUCUUCACCAGUGGCUUCCUGCUCACCCGUUUGGAACUCACCAAUCAUAGCAGCUGCCAAGAGCCCCCAGGCCCUGGGUCCCUGCCAUGGGGGAGCCAAGGGAAGCCUGGGGCCUGCUGGAUGGCUUCUCGAUUCUCUCGGCUUGUGCUGGUGCUGAUAGAUGCUCUGCGAUUUGACUUUGCCCAGCCCCAGCCCUCACACAGUCCUGGAGAACCUCCUGUCUCUCUGCCCUUCCUGGGCAAACUGGACUGCUUGCAAAGGAUCCUGGAGAUUCAGCCCCACCAUGCCCGGCUCUACCAGUCUAAGGCUGAUCCCCCCACCACCACCAUGCAGCGCCUCAAGGCCCUCACCACAGGCUCACUGCCUACCUUCAUCGAUGCCGGCAGUAACUUUGCUAGCCAUGCCAUAGUGGAAGACAAUCUCAUUAAGCAACUCGCCAGUGCAGGAAGGCGUGUGGUCUUCAUGGGAGAUGAUACCUGGAAAGAUCUUUUUCCUGGAGCUUUCUCCCAAGCUUUCUUCUUCCCAUCCUUCAAUGUCAGAGACCUGCACACAGUGGACAAUGGCAUCCUGGAACACCUCUAUCCAACCAUGGACAGUGGUGAAUGGGAUAUGCUGAUUGCUCACUUCUUGGGCGUGGAUCACUGUGGCCACAAGUAUGGUCCUCAUCACCCUGAAAUGGCCAAGAAACUUAGCCAAAUGGACCAGGUGAUCCAGGGACUUGUGGAGCGUCUGGAAAAUGACACACUGCUGGUCGUGAUUGGGGACCAUGGGAUGACCAUGACUGGGGACCAUGGAGGAGACAGUGAGCUGGAGAUCUCGGCUGCACUUUUUCUCUACAGUCCCAAAGCCCUCUUUCCUGGUGCCCCACCAGAGGAGCCAGAGAUAGUUCCUCAAAUCAGCCUUGUGCCUACGCUGGCCCUGCUGCUGGGCCUGCCCAUUCCAUUUGGGAAUAUCGGAGAGGUAAUGGCUGAGCUGUUCUCAGAGGUUGAAGACUCCCAGUCUCACUCCUCUGCUCUGGCCCAAGCCUCGGCUCUCCAUCUCAAUGCCCAGCAGGUAUCCCGAUUUCUUCACACCUACUCAGCUGCUGCUCAGGACCUUCAAGUUAAGGAGCUUCAUCGGCUGCAGACCCUUUUCAACAAGGCCUCUGCUGACUACCAGCGGCUCCUGCAGAGGCCCCAGGGGCCUGAGGCAGCACUGCAGACUGUGAUUACUGAGCUGCAGCAGUUCCUGCGGGGAGUUCGGGCCAUGUGCAUUCAGUCUUGGGCUCGUUUCUCUCUGGGUCGCAUGGCAGGGGGUGCUGCUCUCAUGGCUGCUGCCUGCUUUCUUUGCCUGCUGGUAUCCCAGUGGGCAACAUCCCCAGGCUUCUGCUUCCGCCCCCUCCUAACACUCAUGGCCUGUGGUCUGGCUGGUACCAUAGUGUGUGCUGGACUCUUGACAACUACUGGGCUGAAGCUGGAUCCAGUGGUUCUAGGGGCCAUGGCUGCAGCGGGCUCACUCCUGCCUUUUCUGUGGAAAGCCUGGGCGGGCUGGGGGUCCAGGAGGCCCCUGGUAGCCCUGCUUCCCAUUCCUGGGCCUGUCCUGUUAUUUCUGCUCAUUCGCUUUGCUGCUUUCUUCUCUGAUAGCUUUGUUGUAGCUGAGGCCAGGGCCACCCCCUUCCUUUUGGGUUCACUCAUCCUGCUCCUGAUUGCCCAGCUUCACUGGGAGGGCAAGCUGCUGCCACCUAAGCUGCUCACAAUACCCCGCCUUUGCUUUUCGGCCUCGACAGGCCCACCGCGGCACAAUGGCACACAUGCUCUGGGACUUGGAGUCGGGUUGCUUUUAUGUAUAAGGCUAGCUGGGCUUUUUCAUCGCUGCCCUGAAGAGACACCUGCUUGCCAUUCCUCUCCCUGGCUGAGUCCCUUGGCAUCCAUGGUGGGUGGUCGAGCCAAGAAUCUGUGGUAUGGCGCUUGUGUGGGGGCUUUGGUAGCCCUAUUAGCUGCCGUGCGCCUGUGGCUUCGCCGCUAUAGUAAUCUCAAGAGCCCUGAGCCCUCUGUGCUCUUUGUGCGCUGGGGGCUGCCCUUAAUGGCACUGGGGACUGCUGCCUACUGGGCACUGGCAUCGGGGGCAGAUGAAGCACCCCCACGUCUCAGGGCCUUGGUUGCUGGGGCAUCCGUUGUGCUACCUAGGGCUGUGGCAGGCUUGGCUGCUUCAGGGCUCAUGCUGCUGCUCUGGAGGCCCGUGACUGUGCUGGUGAAGGCUACGACGGGUGCCUCAAGGACCAGGACUGUCCUCACUCCCUUCUCAGGGCCCCCCACUUCUCGGGCUGACCUGGAUUAUGUGGUACCUCAAAUCUACCGACACAUGCAGGAAGAGUUCCGGGGCCGUCUAGAGAGGACCAAAUCCCAAGGCCCCCUGACUGUGGCGGCCUGUCACCUGGGGAGUGUCUACUCAGCUGCUAUGGUCACGGCUCUCACUCUCUUGGCCUUUCCACUUCUGCUAUUGCACGCAGAGCGCAUUAGCCUUGUGUUCCUGCUUCUGUUUCUGCAGAGCUUCCUUCUCCUGCAUCUGCUUGCUGCUGGGAUACCCAUCACCACCCCUGGUCCUUUUACUGUGCCAUGGCAGGCAGUCUCUGCUUGGGCCCUCAUGGCCACGCAGACCUUCUACUCCAUGGGCCACCAGCCUGUCUUUCCAGCCAUUCAUUGGCACGCAGCCUUCGUGGGAUUCCCAGAGGGUCAUGGCUCCUCCACCUGGCUGCCUGCUCUGCUGGUGGGAGCCAACACCUUUGCCUCCCAUCUCCUCUUUGCAGUAGGUUGCCCAUUGCUUCUGCUCUGGCCCUUCCUCUGUGAGAAUCAAGGGCCCCGGAAGAGGUGGCAGCCCCUAGGGAGGAAUGAAGCUGAAGCCAGAGUCAGGCCUGAGGAGGAGGAGGAGCCACUGAUGGAGAUGCGGCUCCGGGAUGCACCUCAUCACUUCAAUGCAGCGCUGCUGCAGCUGAGCCUCAAGUACCUCUUUGUCCUUGGUAUUCAGAUUCUGGCCUGUGCCUUGGCAGCCUCCAUCCUCCGCAGGCAUCUCAUGGUCUGGAAGGUGUUUGCCCCCAAGUUCAUUUUUGAAGCCAUGGGCUUUAUUGUGAGCAGCGUGGGACUUUUCCUGGGCAUAGCUUUGGUGAUGCGAGUGGAUGGUGCUGUGAGCUCCUGGUUCAGGCAGCUAGUUCUGGCCCAGCAGAGGUAGCCUAGGCUGCUAAUGCUGGCUUCUGGCCACAAGGAGAGCUGGAGAACAAUCUAGUCUGGCCUAUAUAAGUGCUGGAUCAUCUGCAAGAGAGGCUUAGCUAUAUACUUCUUACCACCAUGCAGCCAGGAGCUACUGACAUUUGGGACUUUAUUAUUUUAUAAUUCAAAAUCAUAGUGGGGCCUGCUCCCUAACUCCUGAUUUGGAGGGUGGCCUCCAAAGGAGAAUAAAAUAAUAAUGUAAAUAUGUGUGUCUGAGAGGAGGACUACCCUAUAGGUAGUCCUAUAGGGACUAGGGGGAGGGUCACUCUCCCCUCCCAUGAGGCACAGAUAACAUCAGCCAUCUUAGGCAGACCUGGGUACACCUGAAAACCUUUGGGAAGUGGUUGAAGUUGUCUGAAUUCACUUCCUCUACUUCUUCCCAAAUCACUCCUGUUUUCCCACCUGCCAUUUUUCUUUGCCAUGUAACAUAUUUUAUUAAAAUCUUAUGCUUUGGCUGAUAGCAGAGAUGGCUGGAAAGACAAGCCCAGGCAUCAUGGAGUACCCAGACUCACUGUCUAAAACCCCAAGCAGUGCUGUAUUCCCUCCUCUGUUGGGUUCUUUCACUACUGAACACCCUCUGCUCUUUACUUCUGUAGAGGCCACCCUAGUGUUCUCUCAUUUAUCAGACCUAAUGGCCCAUCUGACAUAGCAUUCCAUCUUGUCCCAUUGAUUAUUCUCGACUUGAAGCCAAAACUAUACAUUUAAUGCUUGUCUUGUGCUCUCCAUCCACCUCACUACUGUGUCACAUUGAAGUGCUCGCAUGAAAUUCUCAUGGAAAUGUCCAUCAAAGGAGGGUGCGGGGAGACUCUGAGGAGAAGGGUCAGGCCUGGGAUUUGAUGUUUGAGAAUGUCCAGGACAGGAGGAGAUGAAACAGCUGAAAGAGAGAGGAACAGAUGUAAAAUUGUGGAAUAGCAUUUUUACUUGGCAGAAAGACACACUGCAUAGCAGUGAUUGUGAAGGAAAGGCGUUCACUGCUGUGGGGGCUAAAGGAAAAGUUGUAAUUAUUUAUUGGCUAAUAGUCUCUAGUGCCACAUGGGUCAAACAGAAAGAUGAUGAAAAGUGUUGACUGUUUCAGGCAGUUAGAGGAUAGGACAUUGGUAACCCUGGCAGGAAUAGGCUAAUAAUGAGAGAAGUUAGGCCCCAGCUAAGACUAAAAGAUGAAUUAGAAAAAAGUCCCUUUGCCUCUCUCAAUCUGGUGGACACCAUUCCGAAGCAUCAAACACACAGUGCCUCUGUGAGAAGAAAAGACCCUAUUUCAUCCCUAGCACCCAUGGGAAGGAUUUCAAGACUCCAGUCCCUCACCCUGUCCUAGGGUGUCAGGUUCCACCCUCUCUCUCUCUCUUUUUUUUUUUUUUGCAGGGAGGCUCCUUUCCUGAAGCCUAAGGGAAAUAUGCUGAUCUGCCAACCGUUGGCUAUUUCCUUUUCUCCUGAUCAAACUACAAAAUCCUUUUGGAGAAAGAUAUAUUAUUAAAAAUUCUUAUCCCUGCCUCUUAAUUGACAUCAAAGCACCCGUUCCACACUAACUCAUUAUUUUUUUAAAGAGCUUUACUGAGGUAUAAUUCACAUAAAAUUUGGCCAUUUAAAGUACACCAUUCAAUAAUUUUUGGUAUAUUCACAGAGUUGUACAACUGUCAACACAGUCAAUUUCAGAACAUUUUCAUCACACCCAAAAGAAACUCAGUACCUUUUCCUAUCACCCUCUCACCCUCCCCACCUCCAUUCCUAAGCUUAGGCAACCCCUAAUCUGCUUUCUGACUGUAUUUUCUAUUCUGGACAUUUUAUAUAAAUGGAAUCCUACAGUA